AAUGAAUUAUGUACGUGUAAAAUUUAUAUUUAUAAUACUUUAAAAAAGUAACUUAAAUUUGUUAGAAAAAAUAGAAGAUUAUUAUACUUAUUAAUAAUAUUAAAAAAAAAAAUGUAUUUACUGUGGAACAUUGGUACAUUAUUUAUAAUAUUGAGCCUGUGCUCUGGUAGCCAGACAAAAGGAAUAGUAUCCUUAGAUUCUUAUACUUUUGACAAGAUCUUAUCUAAAUUUAAAGUUUCAAUUGUAAAGUUUGAUGUCGCUUAUCCUUAUGGAGAAAAACAUGAAGAAUUUGUCAAACUUGGGUCUGCUUAUCAGUCAGUAGAUGACUUAUUAAUAGCUGAUGUUCCAGUCAAGGAUUAUGGAGAUAAAGAAAAUGAAGAUUUAGCAUCUAGAUUUGGAUUAUCAAAAGAGGAUUUGCCUUCAGUUAAAUUAUUUAUAUUGGGAUCCUCGGAACCUUUAACAUUUACGGAUCAAGAUUUUAAUUUAGAGAAAUUGCAAAAAUUUAUUGCCAAAUAUAGUAAAUCUGUUGUAUACAUAGGUCUUCCUGGAACAUUAGAAAAAUUUGACCAUUUAGCAACUCAGUUUUCUAAAGAAAAAUUAACAGAGAAACGUAAACAAUUGUUAUUACAAGCAGAACAGCUAUGGGAUAUUACUGAAGGAAAACAAAAUCAAAAGUCAGCUGAAGUUUAUGUAAAAACCAUGAGGAAAGCACUUGAAAAAGGUGACACAUUUUUUGAGAUAGAAACUGUUCGGGUUAAAAAUAUUCUUAAAGGAUCUUUAGCUGAAGAAAAAAAAUUAGAUAUGAGCAUACGUCUUAAUAUCCUAGAGUCUUUCAGCAUUCCACAUGAUGAACUAUAAUAUAUUUUUGCAAAGGUGUUAACAGGGUCGUGUGUUUUAAAAGGCUAUUUCUACUUAUCAUUAAUGAAAAGGAUAAAGUAUUUUUCAUCAAAUUAUUUUUUUUUAUGUGCAAUUUAUUUUUUUCUGAAUUUCCUAUUUACUUAAAAUCUAUCUAAUUUAAUAUUCACAUUCCUUAUUAUUAUAUUAUGAAUAAGUUUUUGAUAAAUUACAUGUAAUUGUUGAAUAAUAAAUGGUUAUUUUUGUUAAAUUAUA